AUGGUAGAUUUUAAAAAAAGAGCCUUUUGGCAUUUUACAUUUAAAGACAUAUUAGCUAUUCUAUGCUCAGCUGCCAUACCCAUAGCUCUUGCUACUUAUACUGCAAUUGGAUCUCAACAACAAAAAAAAGAAGCUGAAAAAACAAGACAAUUUGAUUUGGAACAAUCAAGAGAAUUAAGACAACAAACACUUUAUGAUGAAUUUAUAAAUAAUAUUUUUAAAUUGGAUAAUUAUGGUUAUCUGAAGGAGAGAAAAAAUCCAUGGGCAUUUGCAAAUGCAUACUAUCGUGCUGCUCAUCGUCAGUGGGGCACAAUACGUAAAGCAGAUGUUAUACAAUUUCUUAAAGAAAAACAUUUAAUUGGUAGAAAUAAUUGUACUAAUGGAUGUAGAACAACAAAAUUAGACGAUAUAAUUCGUUUGAAUAAGUUAAACUUUGAUAAUGUAUAUCUAGCAAGUGAAAUUGGUGCAUUACAUCAAUUGGAUUUAGAAUGUGUUUCUUUUCAUCAGAUAUCAAUGUCAAAUGGGAACUUUUCAUUUGUUAGUUUAAAUGGUGCAUCAUUUGAUGGAGCACAGUUAGAUAAGGUGACAUUUAAUAGUUCAUCUUUAGUUUGUGCUAGUUUUAAUGGUGUAAAUCUGUCGGGUGCAGAUUUUGGAAACUCAGAUCUGACAGGUGCGCAGUUUUCAAACAGUGAUUUGUCAGGAGCUAAAAUAACGGAAGAUCAAAUAAACCAGGCAUCGUUUGAUAAUGUAAUUAUGCCAACCGGAGAAAAGAGUGAAAUUAAAUCCUCAACGAUAACAAAAAAACCUAAAACACAAACAACAACAAUAAUAAAAACAAAAAUAUCGAAAACAACAUCAUCAUCAUCAUCGUCAAUAACAUCGAUAACAACACCAUCAACAACAGCAACAACAACAUCCUCAAUAGCUUCACCAACAACGUCAACAACAACAACAACAGCAUCCUCAGCAACUUCAUCAACAACGUCGUCAUCAUCAACAACAUCAUCAUCAACAACAACAACAGCCGUCAAUCCAUGGAUAUGUUCAAAUAUGACUGUUUUGCCAGGAAAGAAUUCGGCUGGUAAUGAUCUAAUUUUUGCUAUACCCAUAGCUCUGGCUAUUUAUACUGCAAUUGGGUCUCAACAACAAAAACAACAAGCUGAGAAAAAACAAAAGUUUGAUUUUGAACAAUCAAGAGAAUUAAGACAACAAACACUUUAUGAUGAGUUUUUAAAUAAUAUCUAUAAACUGGAUAAAGAUGGUUAUCUGAACGACACAAAAACUCCAUGGGCAUUUGCAAAUGCAUAUUAUCGUGCUGCUCAUCGUCAGUGGGAUACAAUAAGCAAAGCAGAUGUUUUACAAUUUCUGAAAGAAAAACAACUAAUUGGUAGAAAUAAUUGUACUAAUGGAUGUAGAACAACAAAUUUAGAUGAUAUAAUUCGGUUGAAUGAGUUAAACUUUGAUAAAGUACAUCUAACAAGUGAAACUGGUGUAUUAAAUAAGUUGAAUUUACAAUGUGUUUCUUUUGAUCAAGUAUCAAUGUCAAAUAGUGAGUUUUCAUCUGUUAGUUUAAAUGGUGUGUCAUUUGAUGGAGGACGAUUAAAUAACGUGAAAUUUGAUGGUUCAUCUUUAGUUUGUGUUAGUUUUAAUGGUGUAAAUCUGUCGGGUGCAGAUUUUGGAAACUCAGAUCUGACAGGUGCACAUUUUUCAAACAGUGAUUUGUCAGGAGCUAAAAUAACGGAGGAUCAAUUAAACCAGGCAUCUUUUGAAAAUGUAAUUAUGCCAAACGGAAAGAAGAGUGAAAUUAUAUCCUCAACGACAACAAAAAAACCUGUAACACAAAUAACAACAAUAAUAAAAACAAAAAUGUCGACAACAACGUCACCAUCACCAUCAUCACCAUCAUCAUUAUCAACAUCAUCAACAACAACAACAACAUUAUCACCAUCAACAAGAUCAUUAUUAACCACCAUCAUCACCUGUGAAACAAUAACGUAUUCUCAGUAUUUUACAAAUGAUACAGCUUCAUCAACUCAAUGCUCAGUAUGGUCAGCAUUUUUAGCUAAUUUGACUUGUUCAAACUACUCUAGCAUGCGCAUAAACAGCACAUCUGAUCCAGUUGGUAUAACUGUAAUCGAUCCGAUUGUAGCUAAUCCUAUUAGGUCAGCUUUACGUACUAAUGGUACAUAUACGGGUGCUUCAAAUGGCUAUACAUGGACAGUUAAUAGGUGUAGCGGUGUUCAGGAACUCAGGACAUCAGGAAGUGCAUGUUCAUGUAAUAACACUUACGGUAUAAGACCAUGUAAUAAUAAAGCUAAUUUGAGUAAUCUGGAUGGUCUAAGUGGUCUGGGUGGCCUGGGUCGUGCGGGUGCUGUGUCUGGUAUAGGUUUGCUCCCUGGUAUAGGUGGUCUGCCUGGUAUAGGUGCUCGGCCUGAGAUAGGUGGUCUUAAAAAUGCAACGUGCGGUGCAUCUUCACAGACGAUGUCACUUACAUUUCAAUGA